AGUUCUUGGCACUUCCUGCACUGAUGAUGUCAUAUGUAUUGAGGAGUAUAGACAUUCAAAAUGUGUUAAAGGGAAUUGCAUCUGUGAGGAUUCUUACCUGUUUGAUGGGAACAUCUGUUAUAAAGUGCUUGGUCGUUGUACUGAGAGCAGUUCCUGUCUUGAGUCGCAUGCUAACACUAUGUGUGACAGUUCUGGCCACUGUGUUUGUCUGCCUUCCUAUAGCUUCAGCCAGGAACAGCAGCUCUGCAUAAAGGUUUGUAAUGAAGAUAAGGAUUGUUUACUGAUCGAAUCAUCCAGCAUUGAGUCAGUGUAUGUAAACUACAGAUGUCUUGAUGGACUCUGUGUGAAUGCGCCAGAAGAAGUAACAACGGAGCCUCAAACAACAACAACAACUACCACUACUAUUCCUACAACAACAAGCACUAUUGCCAUGACAACAACUGAAAAUUUGCCAACCACUACCAUGGUAACCACAACCGAGGCAAUUACAACAGAAGCUACCACUGUUCCAACAACAGCUACAACAAUAGUGACCACGCAGGAAACAACAAUUACAACAAUGGAGAGCACGACAGAAAUUACAACAAAUCCAACAAAAGCAACAACUGAACCAGAGACUAUAACAGCAGCAACAACACAACCAAUGACCACAACUGUCCAAGAAACAACCCCUGAGAGUACAACCACUGAAGACUUGACAACCAUUGAAGAUGAAGUAACAACCAGUUUGGCAUUAACAACUGCUACAACAGAAGCUGAAACAAGUGAUCCAACAACCUCUGAAAGUGCAGCCACUACAACUGAAGAACAGAAUACAACAUUUGACAACAUCACUACACCUAUUGACACAACUGUGCACACCACCAUUGAAUCAACAACUGUCCAAUUCACAACCACAACAAGUACUGUCACUUCUACAGAGUAUGAAAACAAGACCACCCCUCCACCGGUGUAUGUCCCUGUAAAGCCCAUAGAGUUUGAACCCGCUGAGGCUAAACAUGCAACAACUGUGGGUGUCUCUAUCUCCGUCAUUCAGAUGAGUGCAUUCCUCAUCAUUAUUGUCAUUGAUAUCCCAAAGUUGCUGAGUGACCUCCGCGGGGGUGUGAUGAACAUAGUCAGCUGCUAUCGACACAUGAAGUGGAAACGGGAACAGAAAAGACUCAUGGCUAUGGGACAGGGAGAGGCUGGGAUGUCAGGAGUGGGGUAUCAUGCCACAAUGCAUGCUAAGUGGGAGGACAGGCAGACGCAUGUGAAAUAUUGUAAAAUCAUUCGUCCUGCAAGCUAUGAGGACCACAAACAGUUCAGAGAGAGGUGCAAUAGCAACACAUGUUUGGAGCUUUGCACCCAUACAUAUGAGUGCAACUGCUAUGACUUCAGGUAUGACAAACAAGCUCACACAAUAGAGACCCUAAAGCUAAGCAAGCACACACGUAAUGCAGAGGCCAUGGCAUCUGUCAUGUUGACCUCAAAGGGAGGGAUGAGGACACCACAGCCAAAGAAACACUCAGCAAAGAAACCAGAAGAAAAGAAGGAUGCUGAUGUCAAAAAAGCUGGUAGAGAGAAUGCGUUGAAGAAUUUAGAGCUCCUGGCCAAGCUCAUUAAAGAAGGUAAAGGUGAAAAAUACAUUACUGAGAUAGAUAGCGGCAUAAAAAUGCUUAUACGUCUCUGUGAGGGCACCCUCGAGGAUAAUGCUAACAUCACUAAAUCUAAAAUUGAACCAAAACCACUGAAGAAUAAAGACACUGAGAAAGCUAAAAACGAUGUGGGCUCUGAUGCGGCACUUAAAGAAAAGAUAGCAAAGCUAGCUGUAGAGUAUGUGACCACUGUGUCAGAGAUCCCUAAGCCACUUGGCAGAAAGCAUCGCAGAGUAAAACCUGUCACAUGUGAUGAGGAAAGUGAACACGAACUCAUUGCUAAGUGGAAGAAAGAAAUUGCUAACAAAACCUGUCAGUAUUCAGAGGGCCAGAGGAUGUUAAUGGGCCUCCCAAGUAUACCAAACAAUCAACCUGCUGCAACUCCAAACAAAUCAGAACCAUCCCCAAGGCCUCAGCCAAAACAGUUAAAUCAACAUCGACGACUGUCAUCUUCCAGUAAUUCGUCAAUAAUAACUACAUGUAAAUGUGGGAAUAAUGUGCAACAUUGCCAGUGUGAAACAAAGCGUCUUCCAAAGCUCCCUAUUAAGCCAAACAGUGUUUGGUUAAAUAAGAAGAAUUAUACUAAACGAUUACAAGCAGGGAACGUAUCUCCCAACCAGGAUCCGGAAAGUGGAAAAACUCUCGCUGAACUCCUGAAGGUCAAGGUCAAUGGUAAACCUGUUAUGAUACGACGUGUGGAUUCCUGGAAUACACCAGAAAACCCAGAUAUAGAUUAUGACUCAAUUUUCUACAACGAACCACAUGCUCAAGAGUCAUGUGGUGAUAAAAACAAUUCUAGCCCAACACCACCACGGAGGACACCCCCAGGGAGGAGGACACCCCCUGGUAGGUUAUCCAAGGGUAGGAAGACACUAACGCCCCCUGGGCAAGCGCGACUUAUAGCUUGGCAGGACACCUCUAUUAUACAAGCUCAUGAUACUCAAACUCCAAGUUCAGAUAGAACAAUAGUCCGCACUGACAGUUCAGGAAGUCUUGGAAAAAAGAGGAAGCGAGUAUCAUUUAGUGAUUAACAACCUUAAUUAUCUUUAAUUCCUCUUAAGUAGUACAUGACUUAUAAUGUAUGGGCAUGUCAUAUGCAUUUAUGUUAGCACAAUGUAAUUCCACUGGGGUCAGUGCAGAUGCAGUUACAAGUGGGUGUGAGCCUAUUUUCAAAAUUCCAAGUGGAGGUUGUAAUGGCUUCAUCAAUGCAAAUAUAAUUCUUUAUUAAAAGCCUGCUUUGGCAUCUGAGGCUUGAGUAACUCUAGUAAAUGUGAUAAUCUUAGUGUCGCUUGGCAGUAUUUCAAGAGUUCAUAUAAUCUAUAUUUGUGAAAGGGUUUAUGAACACUCAUCAAUGUAAAUAUUAUUCUUUAUCUAAAAUGAAAUUAGGUAAGGGCAAAUAUUUUGAAAUGUUUAGUGUUAUGAAUAUAAAUAUCAUUAUAUUUCAAUCAUUUUGAGAGUAGAAAAAUGAAAAAGAUCAGCCCUUCAGUCUUCAGGUUGGUUGUUCUGGUUGGUUUAGGUAACGUCAAGCAAUGCACAUUCAACAAUGUUUUUCACUUAAACCAAUCAUUGAAAACAUUCUGUAAAAAAACAUGGUAUUUUAUGUAAUG